AUGGCGGAUGCAAUCAACAGAGUUUUAACAGAAGCAUUGUUGGAAUGCAUUCGGAAUUUGGAAAGGGGUAAUUUAGACUGCAACACGAUUGAUGCAAUCCAUUUCAGGUUAGACUGGUUGCAUGGAGUUUUAGCACGCUAUUUUUACAAUAACACUACAUUAGUGGACUUAAUUGGAAGAGCACGGGACACACUUACGCAGUAUUGCAACCCUCUGCCUGCACCUGAAAGAGUUUUCUCGGGAAGGCAAGGUAGGCCCAUGUAUGUUAUUACUAAAGAGCAACUGGAAUUCCUUGUUGAAAGGCAUUUUAGUAUAAGAGAUAUGGCAGCUAUGAUGAACGUUAGUAUGCGAACAAUCGAACGUCGCAUGGCAGAGUUUGGGUUAAGCAUUAGGUCAACGUACUCUGACAUACAUGAUGAGCAGCUUGACAGUAUGAUACUUGAGCUUAUGCAGGACUUCCCAAAUAUCGGUUAUCGAAGAAUGACUGGUAUGCUAACAAGUAGAGGAAUUAGGGUUCAACAGUGGAGAAUGCGAGAAGCAAUGAGAAGAGUCAAUCCAGCUGGUGUCAUGUUGCGAGCCCUCGAGCUUCAGACUAUUCAUAGACGACGUUACUGGGUGCCUGGUCCCCUUGCAUUGUGGCACAUAGAUGGGAACCAUAAGCUUAUAAG